AUGAAAAUCCUUGUGGCAUUUCUGGUGAUGCUGGGCAUCUUUGGGACACAAUCUCAUGGAUUUGAUGUCUAUAACCUCAUCAGCCCAGCCAAAAACGGGGGCAAUGUCCAAGAGACAGUGACAAUUGACAACGAAAAAAAUACCGCCAUCAUUAACAUCCACGCAGGCUCGUGCUCUUCUACAACAAUUUUUGACUAUAAACACGGCUACAUUGCAUCCAGAGUGCUCUCCCGAAGAGCCUGCUACAUCAUGAAGAUGGACCAUAAAGCCAUCCCUGCUCUGGACCAACUCAAACGUUACAUCUACGAGAGGCAGGCUCUGAACAACAUGGCCUCCAGCAAAUACACCUGGGUCAAGUACAACCCCUUUGAGUCUCUGAUCACACAUGCUGAUUGGUUCCUGUUUGGGUCACCUAUUAAGCAGCUCUGCAAAGAUAUACCUUUGUAUAAGGCGGAAGUGGUUGAAAAGCCAAAGCCACAUACUACCGGCGCUGGAGCCUGUGCCAAGGCAGGGCUGCUGGGCAUCUUUGGAAUUUCCAUCUGCGCAGACAUUCACGUUUAG